UUAAGGCCAGUUGGGCCGUCCUCCAGAUAUGGCGGCAGACAAAAUCUGUUGAGUAAUGUAUUGCACCGUCGGUUUUGACUUUUUUUUUUGGCUCGAGGUCGAAAGAAAACUAUAUAAACUGAGUGUAAAGUCAGUGGUUUCAAGCAUUAGCAUAUCCUAUUAAAGAGAGUUAGUGAGAAGAGAGCAGUCAGAGAGAAAGAUGAGAAGCUAUCAAACAAUGCUAAACAAUGGCGAAACCCUACCAAUUAUAGGUAUGGGGACUUAUUCUGGCGAAAACGAUAGAGAAAUAACAGAGAGAUCCAUUAGAAUGGCGCUCAAGAUGGGGUACAGGCAUUUUGAUACAGCAAAAAUAUACGGUUCCGAGCCGGCUGUGGGAAAUGCAUUAAGAAGAGCAAUUGGUGAAGGAGUGGUGGAGAGGGAAGACAUUCAUAUCACCUCUAAGCUAUGGUCGAGUGAUCACAAUGAUCCUGUUUCUGCACUUCACCAAACUUUACAGAGGCUAGGGAUGGAAUACAUAGACUUGUAUUUGGUGCAUUGGCCAGUGGCUUUGAAGCCAUGGGUUGAUUAUCCUGUUCCCAGAGAAGAAGAUUUUGAGACAUUAGACAUGGAGAAUACCUGGUCUGGCAUGGAAAGGUGCUUAGAAAUGGGUUUGUGUAGGUCUAUUGGCGUCAGCAAUUUCUCAUCUAAAAAAAUUGAAGACCUGCUAGAUUUUGCUUGUAUCACUCCUGCUGUUAAUCAGGUGGAAAUGCAUCCAAUGUGGAGGCAAAGAAAGGUGAAGGCAUUAUGUAGGGAAUAUGGGAUUCAUGUAAGUGCAUAUUCACCUCUUGGUGGACCUGGAAAUGCUUGGGGAACUACUGCUGUGGUUGAUCAUCCCAUCAUCCAAUCUAUUGCCCUCAAACAUAAUGCAACUCCAGCUCAAGUUGCUCUAAGAUGGGGGUUGUCCCAAGGAUCAAGUGUUAUAGUGAAAAGCUUCAAUCCAAGAAGAAUGAAAGAGAACAUUGGAGCCCUUCAGUUGAAAUUAGACGAAUGGGAUUUACUUAACAUAAAUAAGAUGGAGGAGAGGAAGAUUAUGAGGGGAGAGUGGCUAUCCAAUGACACUACAAGCCCUUACAGAACCAUCGGAGAACUUUGGGAUGACGAGAUAUAAUUCUCUCUCUGGAAUUGACUUUUUGGCUAACUCUUAAAUGUAAAAAUAGAACAUGCAUGAAUGUACUUGCUACUUGCAUAUAUAAGAUUUUGAUAAAAGAAAAGGAGUCCAAAUUUACUCCUGAUCUAUGAUUGGAAAUGUUUAAUAUUAUCUUUGU